AUGUUGUCUGGACGAUAUAUUCAGACUGAAGAACUGAUCCUCCAGCGUUCUUCUCAACUCCUUGGUUCGUCUCAGAAGCCACAGAAGAUAGCCAUCAUCGACAUGAAGCUGUCAGCAUUUGAAAGCCGAACAUGGAGGCGCUCGAGCUGUCUUGCCCUCCUGGUUGCUCGUACUGCCACCUGCUUGCCGUCAUCGAGGAGCUCAACCGCCGUUGAUCUGACCAUCCCAGCUUCUGCGCAAGGUGCUUCAUAUGGACAGUCCACCUCAUUCGCAUCAUUCUCCUUCGAGCCGGCAUUUUGGGUCGAGUUCUUCGGCAAUGCAAGCGCUCCGAACAAGCUCACUUUCGAACUGCUCUCACGAAUUACCGAGAGAGGUGGAAGGCCCAUCAUCCGACCAGGAGGCAUCACAAUGGACAGUAUGAUAUUUGACCCUUCGGCUGGCGACCCAGUCCGAACCACCAGCCCCAGUGGUGGCGUUUACCGAACCACUGUCGGGCCCAAUUACUAUCACAGCUGGAACAACUUCCCAAACGGCACCAAGUUUGUCUCGACGCUUAACUUUGGCAAUGAUAGCCUCGACAUCGCUCGUGAUAUGGCGGUCGCUUCGGUCAUGUAUCAGGAGGACAAGAUCGAAUAUUUCGAACUCGGCAACGAGCCCACGAAUUACCCGAGCACACGAUGGGACAACAGCACAGCAGCAUACGUGCAGCAAUGGAAGCAGUGGACAGGUCAGAUCGAUGCAGCAGUCAACCAGACAUUGGGAGCCAAUGCAAGCCACUUUGGAAGAGAGCGAUGGUGGGCAUCGUCUGCCACGACAGACAAAUCUGGGUUGAAUGUACGACCCGCCGACAUCAUUCCAGCUGGAGUCGACGCUGCGGAUCAAGUCGCCGAGUACUCGAUUCACUCCUACGCCUUCUCGACGUGUGAUCCUGCUCGUGCGGCACUAGCCACGACUCCCAACAUCCUCAACCAUACCGAGCUGACCAGGUACGCCGACGAAGAGAUCUAUCCAUCCGCAAAAGCCGCGCUAGAUUCCGGAAAACCAUGGGUCAUUGGAGAGUUCAACUCGAUUUCAUGCUCGGGCCAACCCAAUGUCACCGACACAUUCGCGCAAGCGCUGUGGACGGUCGAUGUCGAGUUGAUUUAUGCCGUCCGAAAUGCGUCGUCGGUACACCUCCAUCAAGGCGCCACCUUGGUGUUCCAGAGCAGCAAUCAGGUCAAUAGCGCCGGCAACGACGGGUCGCCAGGCUACUCGACAUAUGACAUGCUUUACCCCCGUGACAGCAGUAAGCGUGGCAAAGCACGCGCCUUGCCUAGUUUCGUCAGUCAAUUGUUCAUGGCCGAAGCCUUCCACACGUCGCAAUCAGGGGCUGGCGUACGAGUGAAGGCUCUGAAAGCUCCGGCAGGUGUAAAUCAGGAAAGCUUUUCAGCCUACGCCUUCUAUGUUAAAGGCCGAUUGAGCAAGGUGGCUCUCUUGAACAUGAAGCCGUUCUACGCCAACUCGACUGGUGACUACACAGUUGACCUGAAACUGGGUGUCAGUGGUCAAGCAUGGGUCAAGAGAAUGACAGCACCGCAUGUUAAUGAGGUGAGUACUCAGAACGUGACCUGGGCAGGUCAGUCGUUUCAAGACGGAAAGGCUGUCGGCAAACUGCACAUUGAGCAUGUUGGGAAGGACGGGGCUAUCAGCGUCAGAGGGAGUGAGGCGGUACUGAUUUUCUUCGACAAGGAUGAUGUUUACGGCUUGUAA